AUGAAUCGCGUUCAUCUCAGCAACGAAGACCAAGCCGUUUUUGACAUCCAUGACAUCCUAAAGGCCUACUAUAAGGUAGCCUUGAAGCGUUUCUCUGAUAAUGUCAUCCUUCAGGUCACGGAGCGCUACUUGCUGGGUUCUAAAGGACCUGUGAGAAUUCUAUCUCCUGAACUGAUCAGCGAGCUUUCAGACGUCGAGUUGGCAGACAUUGCAAGCGAAAAUUUCGCUACAGCCAGUCUCAGAUUCGAGCUACAGACUCGUGCCGACAGACUCCGGCGUGCUUUGGAGAUGGCGAACCAGGCCGGGUUUUAG